AUGAUCUUCCUGCCUCGCCAAGUUCUCCCCGACGAUCCAGCUCUCUCGUCAAGCCCCGCUCUCGGCUCCUCCGGCCUCUGUCCCGACCCGUUACCGACUCCGUCUCCGUCGUUUCAGUCCAAGUCUCCGUCUGCCAAGAAGUCUGUCCGUUUUCAGCUCACGACCGCCCCUGCUACCGACUUCGUCUCCGUCGCCUCGGUCCAAGCCUCCGAAGAUCAAGCCCUGAUUAACGCCCUGGUCUGCCAAGUAGAGUCUCACGAGAGAUUCGAACAGUGGAACGAACUCGAACCGUUGAUGCCCCGGGAUCCAGUCCAGCUCGAGCCAAGCUCCGGCCUUGACCAGACCGUCCCUAGUGCUCGAACCGUUGCUAAAGUCUCCCCGGAUCAGAAGACCUACCAGGGACAAAGCAUUCCGUUCCCUCAGGGAGAAGACCCUGAGCAUGUUGCUUGUGUCCGUAGUCGUCUACCGCCCCAGCUCACCCAUCUAGAGGGAUUCUUCUCGAAGAAAGAGGCCCACACCCUACCUUCGAGCCGACCCGGACCCCCAUCGUACCGCACGCCCGUUAAGUAUCUGCCUCUAGAGAAAGAGACUGUCGAUCACCUCCGGGAGAUAGACUUCAUCGAGCCCGAUCCGAGUCCGCACGCCGCAUCCGUCCUCUUCGCUCCGAAACCGAACACGACCGCCCGCCGCUUCUGCAUCGACUACCGUUGGAUGAACGAUCAUCUUAAAAGUCGCAUCACGCCCGCUCCGUCCCUCGAAGGUACUGCUUUCGGUUGCCGUGAAGCUCAACGCUUCACGAAGAUCGAUGUGAUCCAGGCCUUCCACCGUCUCCGCAUGGACCCUGACUCCGAGUAUUUGACCGCCUUUCGCACCCGUUUCGGAACUUUCCGCUGGAAAGUCCUCCCGUUCGGUCUGAAGGUAGGUCCCGCCUGGUUCCAGCAGUUUAUCAACGCGCAGCUCACGAUCUCCUCGACCGGCCAACCUCAGGGAGACAUCAAGAAGUCUAGAUUUAACGUGACCAAGGUUGACUACCUCGGCGUUCUGCUUGAAGCCGGUGUGGGCCUUAGUGUCGACCCUCGGAAAGUUCGAUCGAUACAAGACUGGAAGUUUGAAGACCUCCGAGACCGCACCGCGAUCCGAUCAUUCGUUGGCCUAUGCAACUUCAUCCGUGUUUUCUGCUACCACGCCUCCGGAGUGGCAGAACCCUUGAACCGGUUGCUUAAGAAGGAUGUUGCCUUUGUGAUGGGCCCGGAGCAACGCGAAGCAUUUGAUCAACUCAAGCGCCUGGCUAUCGAAGCCCCGGUCCUCGCCUUCUUUAGACCAGAACUGCCGACCCGACUGGAGACCGAUGCCUCCCGGAAUGCCACAGCUGGUGUUCUAUGGCAGGAACAGCCUGAUCAGACCUGGAAGCCCGUUGGAUUCUUCUCUAAGACCAUGACCCCGGCCGAGCGAGCCUACCCAAUCCAAGAUCGAGAGCUCCUCGCCGUCGUACAGAGUCUAGAGCACUUCUACCCAGAGCUCUUAGGCCAGAAGUUCGAUGUGAUCACCGAUCACGAAGCCUUAGUCCAUUUCUCUACGAAGCGCCUGCUCUCGGUACGACAGAUCAGAUGGUCCGACUUUCUCGCCCAGUUCGACAUCCGUUUCCUCUACCGCCCCGGUCGACUGAACGUAGUCGCCGAUGCCCUCUCCAGGAAGACAGCGGAGCUCCCUACCACCAUUAGUUCUGAGGGCCACGAGUGCCCUACAGACCCCAGAAGACCGAGGAUACAGCAGACGCCCGAUCAAGACCGCCCAGAACUAGACCCGAACUCGGUCCCGAAGGGAGCCGAACUCGUUUCGUUGAUCCGCCAGGAGAACCUCCUCCAAGACCUCGGUACCCAUGGAACACACCUGGUCGUACCAGCCCAGACCUCAGACAAGCAGACGUUUCUUCAGACCGCGCUCAUUCGCGAAGCCCACGAACCCCAGAUCUUCGCUCACGCCGGACAGAACAAGGUGAUCAAGCUGCUCCAACGAGACUUCUACUGGCCAAGGAUGAAGGAGGAUAUCCGUCGUUAUAUUCGGAACUGCCACGACUGCCGCCGCAACAAAACCCCUCGAGACAAGACCCCUGGACUGCUCCAUCCACUGCCCGUACCGACCUCUGUUUGGGAGCACGUCGAAUGUGACGGGAAGGAUAUGCCGAAAGACCGUUACGGAUAUGACUAUGUUUGGACCUUCGUCUGCAAGCUAAGCCGGAUUAUCGCCACGCUCCCAGGAAAGAAAAACGAUACGGCAGAAGUCUUAGCUAGCCGCUACUUCCGCUACCUCUAUCGUUUCUUCGGUAUGCCCCUCAGAUUAACCGGCUCACGGGAACGAAGCAUCGUCAUGGAAGCUCCCUACACCCUCAGACCCAAGGGGGGUGUAGAAGUUACAAAUCAAUACCUAGAUCAAAAGCUACGAUUCUACGUGACGAAGCAUCAAGAUAACUGGAGUUCCCUGCUGCCCGCCCUCGACUUCGCCCAUAACUCGUCUUGGCACUCUUCCAUCGACAUGGCACCGUUAAAAACCGCUGCCACCGGACCCGCCGCCAGAGCUAGGGAACUUGUGCAGACCGCCCAGGAAACCCAGGAAGACGCCAGGAAUGCUGCCACCGCCGCUCAAGAACGUCAGAAGGAACAGGCUAAUAGGAAACGACGACCAACCGACUUUGCCAUCGGUGACCGAGUUUUUCUCAGCAGGAAAGGCUUCGCCACGAACGCUCCGACUACUCGGCUAGAUAACCAAUGGUCAGGUCCGUUCGUAAUCCUGGAAGAACGCGGUCAUAGCUACGUACUGCAGCUGCCCGAGUCGUACAAAAUGAAGAACCUAUUCCACGCCGACCGUCUUCGAAAAGCAGCCGAUAACCCCUUGCCCCAGCAGAUCCAGUCACCUCCGCCACCCGAGGAGAUCAACGGAGAACCCGAGUGGGAGGUUGAUCAAGUCCAGCAGUCUCGAGUAACCGGUAGGAGUCGACGACUGGAAUACCAGGUCUUAUGGAAGGGAUGUGACCCUGAUGAGACCUGGUACCCGGCUAGGAAUUUCCGUAACGCACCAAUGGCAUUGAAGAUUUUCCACGAUGAACAUCCGGACGCAGCAGGCCCACCCGUCAACCUGCAAUACUGGAUCGAAUGUGCUGCAGCGGAGGAGGGCUGCGAGGAACGAGACGAUGACGACACAGCAGAGAAAGCCGUGAAACCAAGAACCCGCCGCCACGACUGA